GGUAUUUUAAGCCUGAAAAUAAUUCCAGAGUUAACUUUGAAUGUCCUAAUAUUGGCCAAACAUAUAAUGUAGAUUUUUUUUUUUAAAUAUUGAAUGUGUUUGGUCUGUCCUUGGACUCCUUGUUCGGCACAAUAGCUGGAUAAGUCUAACCCCGUGCCAGAAAUACUCCUAUUCAUACGUUGUUUUAUGUACAUUUGGUAACCAUGUUGGUUGCUAUGGUCUUUUUGGUACAAGGGAAUAUCUAGAGAGGAAUGUGUGAAAUAUAAGGCGUAUGUUUCUAACUCCAAAACGAUGAUUUAAAAUAUAACCGAGUCAUUCGUGUAAUCUAAAAGUGUUUUAUUGUUUAUCAUUAUUACUAGAAUAAUUAUUUGAAACCUUGUUAUGCAACGCAUGAUCGCAAAGAAUGGACAAAGGGAUCAUUAGGACUACACUUCCCAGGAUACGUGGUGCAUGGUAUGUUUGUGAUGUCACAAUGAGUAUAUAUGGCUACACGCUGGCGUUCUUUAUUCUAUUGUUACAUUGUAACAAACCGGGGCAGAGGCGAGGAAAAGGAGGACGUCAAUCGGCUAAAAUUCUGUGACAUUUCUGUACCAAAUAAGGCGAGGGGGGAUAACGGUCAUUAUACUUGAAGAAAAACGACGUUGGGCCGAUUGAAACCGCCAUUGAAAAGAAAGAAUAAACGAAUACAGAUGUCAGCGGAUGCUCUUCCAAUGCAAGCAUUUAAAGGUUAAAACCUGGAAGAUAAGGCAUCCGGCAGUUAUCUCCCAUUUUUUACAACUUAGCAGAAAAGAAUGUCAAUAGCCUAAUAAAUGUUAAUUAAACUUGACGUCCUUCUUUCCCACCGUCUGCCCCGGCUAUACAGGAUUGCUACGUCAAAGUUAAAUGGAACAUACACUCCUGGAAGCGACCAUAAAAUACAUUUCCUUUAUGUAGUCCAAUAUCUACUUGAAGCCGGUGUAGCCUACAAAUGCAGAAAUAAGCAUUCAUACUGAACAAAUUAACAACAGUUUUACUUAAAAACAAUCGUUACCCUAUCGUUACAUCUCGAAAGAAAGAGGCUAAAACUGUCAGUAAAAAAUAUGAAAAAAUCUAAAUAGGGCGUUACAAGAUCCAUGAACAAUCCUCCGUGAAUAAAAGGAACGUUCAGCAGUUGAUCGGGAGAAGAGAGGAUCUUUUUUCUGCUUAAGACGCCAAGUUUCCAUGGAGGCAGUUUCAUCUCUCAGCCUCAAGCGAAGAUUCGAGGAGGUGGACAGUGGCUCUCCAUACUCUACGCCCAAGGACUCGGACGAUGACAUCUCCAGCAGUGACAGCGCUGACAGCUGUGAUAGCCUCAACCCCCCCUCCAGUACUGCACUCAUACCGACCUCCAUCCUAAGACGUCACAAGCCCUCUCCAGGCCGGAAGCGGGUGCGGUUUGAUGUGGUGACGGUGUACUACUUCCCCAGACGGCAGGGCUUCACCAGCGUGCCCAGCCAGGGAGGCAGUUCCCUGGGCAUGGCUCGCCACCACUGCUCCAUCCGCAGCUACACCCUGGGAGAGUUUGCCUGCGAGCAAGAGACCAGUCACCGCCACGCCCUGCGCCAACACCUCCGCCAGGAGAAGCUCAACGCUCGCAAGCUGACGCGUAAUGGUACGGUGGAGUUUGCCCAGGCUGACCUGCUGACCCUCGACAAUGUAUCAGACGAUGACCUUGACGUGGAGGGGGUGGAGGUGGAUGACUGCUUCUUCCUGCAGCCGCUGCCCACCAAGCGUCGCCGCGCUCUCCUCAGGGCUUCUGGUAACGCACGCAUAGAUGCCCGGGAGAAGGCUGAGCUACGAACCAUCAGGCUGUCCAGGGAGGAGUGUGGCUGUGACUGCCGCUUCUACUGUGACCCCCGCCACUGUGGCUGCAGCCAGGCUGGCAUCAAGUGCCAGGUGGACAGGAUGUCUUUCCCCUGUGGCUGCUCUCGGGAUGGCUGUAGGAACUCGGCGGGCCGCAUCGAAUUCAAUCCUCUGCGCGUGCGAACACACUACCUGCACACCAUCAUGAAGCUGGACCUGGAGAAGAGGAGGCUGCUGGGGCAGAGGUCGGGUGUUGGGGAGCAGUAUGAAGAGUCUGACCUGCUCUCCUCCCCCUCCUCCACCAGGCCUCCCUCCCCAGACCUUGACCUGUCAACAGGGGCCCAUGGCCUGGAGUUAGAGGCAGAGGAGAGAGCGGUCCAGGUGGUCCUAGAGGCUCAGGACCUCCUGACUGAGCAGGCCUGCCUGGAGCGGGAGAACGAGAUCGCCGUGCUCCACCUGCAAAGUGCCGAGGAGCAGGAGAGGAUUAGGGAGGAAGAGGAAGAGGAGGAGGCGCAUAGGGGCAGGGGGGGAGCAGGUAGCCUGGGGGAGCAGGCUCUGUGCCUCCUGCCUGGGGCCCUGCAGGGAGAGCUGUCUGGGGAGCCUGGGGUGGGGGUUGGGGUGGAGGGGGUACCUAUCUCCCUCCUCCAGGGCCCAUUCCUCACUGGGGCUACCCUGCUCUGCAUCACAGAGAACCAGGAGGGAAAUUGGGAGGGGGAAGGGGACAACCCCCGUGGUGGCCUCAAAGACCAGGCCUCCUCCCUGCUAUACUACCAGUUAGGUCCCAUGGAGAAUGAGCCGUUUGAGGAGUCUCAGCCUGUGGAGAAUGAGGAGGAGUGUGUAGAUAAAGAACCAGAGGGAGGAGAGGAGCAAGAGAGGGCAGAGCAUAGAGGUAUUACCUGCGGGCAGGAUGAGGGCGAGUUUUCGCCCCCGGUGGCUCUGUGCUCAGAGAAUGGCGUUGGGGCUGAGGAAGCUAAGGAGGUACUAUUCAGCCCCCAGCAGAGCUCCUCAGAAGGGCAGUGUCAGGAAGUGAUCUGCCUGGCCACAGGAGAUAUGUACCCACCACUGCCCCCUGAGGUUUAGUACUAGCACAUCUGCAGAUGUUUUGCACAAUAGCUUUAUUUUGAGCUGAAUAAAGCCUACACUACAUGAUUAGACAGUGUAGUUAUCAAAAUUGAGUAUGAUGUUACAGGUUAGAAUUCAUAAUAAUAACCAUCAUUACUACGAUAAUCGAUUUGAAAAAAAUGAGCAGUUCCAUUAAAAUAAAGUAAAGGAGGGAAAGUCAUCCUGAAAGCACACACAGAUCUUUUCCCUGCAGCAGUACUGUUGGUUCAGUUAUAUGUCAAUGAAAUGCUUGUAUUUUAACGGGGUGGAGAUCAUGGGACCUGUCCCAAAUGGCACCCUUUUCCCUUUUAUAGUGCACUAUUUUAGACCGGGUCCAUAGGGCUCUGUUCAAAAGUAGUGCACUAUGUAGGGAAUAUGGUGCCAUUUGGCAGCCAUGUUGGCCUUAACGAAAGAAAUUACAUGUUUGUGUGGGAGGUGUAAUUGAGUCAUUGAGAACUAAGUUGUGUUGUUUUUAGUUCCCGGCACCACAAAGAGACAAUGUGGUGGUGUGAUCAUUAACAUUGGCUCUGGGCCUUUUCAUUAAAAAAAUGUUUUUAACCUUUAUUUAACUAGGCAAGUCAGUUAAGAACAAAUUCUUAUUUACAAUGACGGCCUACCGGGGGAACAGAGAGUUAUCUGCCUGGGUCAGGGGCAGACCUUGUCAACUCUGGGAUUCGAUCUAGCAACCUUUUGCUAGGCUACCUGCCGCCCCUCAAGGGAGCAUUUCAGAAUCAUUCAGUGGAUUCGAGUGGCUUUAUUAAACAAGGGAAAGGGGGAUACCUAGUCAGUUGUACAACUGAAAGGAGGUGGGGUUAAGAAGAAUAUGUGCCCUUUUCUAUACUGUAGACCGAUAUAAUAAACAACAGUUGUGUUAAAAAAAGUGUGAGUAUUUAGUGAGCAUUGUAAACGUCACGCUAGUCUGGUACACUUCUAACAGCUGUUCAGCUGUAAGUUUUGAAGCCAAAUUAGGGCCACUGUUAGUAUCUAUUCCCCACCUCCCCCUCUGACUGAGAAUAGACCUAACAAUCCUGGAUAUACUUGUUUUUGGUGUACUGUAUAAGAGUUUGCAAUGGGCAAGGCAGAGCUGAAAGAGCUGCUUGUAUGAUCUAUAUGCACUUUGUGGUCAAUUAGCAUAGGCACAGGGUGAUAUGGGCCCCUUUCUGCAUUGGGGCAAAAUGGUAAAACAUUUGUUAAAAUCAGAAGGUUUGCACCGGCUUCUCUUUCUAAAUAGCGUCUCUCCGGGUAUACCUAUCUUAGACCUCUCACGCAAGCACAGUUUAUUUAUUAAAAGACAGUUGACCUAUAAUAGUAACCAUUACAAUGUUAUAAUGAUAUAUUACACUUCGUCUUUGUAAAAUUGUGAUGCUGUUGAUAUUGAGCGCAAGAAGUCUUUGUGAUCUCUGUUUUAUGCACGACUGAAAGAAACCUGUCUUUGUUUUUAGUUAGCAUGUCAGAUCAUUGUAGAGGUGGUCAGAGUCCAUAUGAAGAUGGGACAGAAUAGACCUCAUAUAAUGAGUCUGUAGGGGCAAAGUACUACACUGUAAAAACAAAUCGAGUUCUUUCAACUAAUUAUUAUUAUUAUUAAGUAACUGGUUCCACAGCUGUUUUUGUGUUUACUUUACUCUUUGUUCCAAGUGUUAUCUGAACCCCAAAAAAUUUAAUAUACAACAAAUUGUAUGUUAAAAGCACGCAGCGCUUUUAUCAUACAAUAUUUUAAAUUUACAUAUUUGACACAAGUUGAAAUACAUGAUUAUAUUGUGCAUGUUCAUUUAUACAGUAAUUAAUAUUCAACAUGGCCUCAGCUGGGAUUGAAAAUUACAACCUCUUGGUGUUUUGUUACACCUUGCAAUUCAAAGUAAAUCUCAGUUUGAAUCUAAAUGUACACUCAAUAAAAACAUGUAUUUAUCAUAGUGAUUAAGGAGUAGCAUUAAAACAGAGUAAUAUGCCUCACCAGCAUAAGACAACUAUACAGAAAAAACUAAAAUUGCUGAAAUAACUAAAUCAAAUCAAUGGUGAGAGAAUAGUCAGAUAAACUGAUAAUUGACAUAGAUAUGGUGGUGUAGCAGGGAGAUCGGAUUGUCAUGAACCAAGAGGUUGUGAGUUCAAAUCUCAGGUGAGGACAUAUUGAAUAAUUAUUUAUUUAUAAAUGAACAUGCAUAAUGUCAAAUAUGUACAUUGAAAACAUUGUAUGUGAAAAGCACUGUGUGUGUGUAACCAGUUGCACAAAUGUUUUUAGUUAACAUGCCCAAAUAACAAUUUAUAGUUGAAUGAACAUAUGAGAGUUGAACAAACACAUUUUAUAUUGACAGAAUUUUUUCUUUAAGUUUGGGCCAACAUUUUUUUUUAGUUCAGGUAACACUUGGACCAAAAAAGUUGAGUAAACAAAAAAACGGCUGUGGAACCAGUUACAGUUGAAGUCGGAAGUUUACAUACACUUAGAUUGGAGUCAUUAAAACUCGUUUUUCAACCACUCCACAAAUUUUUUGUAAACAAACUAUAGUUUUGGCAAGUCGGUUAGGACAUCUACUUUGUGCAUGACACAAGUCAUUUUUCCAACAAUUGUUUACAGACAGAUUAUUUCACUUAUAAUUCACUGUAUCACAGUUCCAGUGGGUCAGAAGUUUACAUACACUAAGUUGGCUGUGCCUUUAAACAGCUUGGAAAAUUGCAGAAAAUGAUGUCAUGGCUUUAGAAGCUUCUGAUAGGCUAAUUGACAUCAUUUGAGUCAAUUGGAUGUAUUUCAAGGCCUACCUUCAAACUCAGUGCCUCUUUGCUUAACAUCAUGGGAAAAUCAAAAGAAAUCAGCCAAGACCUCAAAAAAAAUAUUGUAGACCUCCACAAGUCUGGUUCGUCCUUGGGAGCCAUUUUCAAAUGCCUAAAGGGACCACGUUCAUCUGUACAAACAAUCGUACGCAAGUAUAAACACCAUGGGACCACGCAGCCGUCAUACCGCUCAGGAAGGAGACGUGUUCUGUCUCCUAGAGAUGAAGGUACUUUGGUGUGAAAGGUGCAAAUCAAUCACAGAACAACAGCAAUGGACCUUGUGAAGAUGCUGGAGGAAACAGGUACGAAAGUAUCUAUAUCCACAGUAAAACGAGUCCUAUAUCGACAUAACCUGAAAGGCCGCUCAGCAAGGAAGAAACCACUGCUCCAAAACCGCCAUAAAAAAGCCAGACUACGGUUUGCAACUGCAUAUGGGGACAAAGAUCGUACUUUUUGGAGAAAUGUCCUCUCGUCUGUUGAAACUAAAGUAGAACAGUUUGGCCAUAAUGAUCAUCGUUAUGUUUAAAGGAAAAAGGGGGGAGCUUGCAAGCCGAAGAACACCAUCCCAACCGUGAAGCACGGGGGUGGCAGCAUCAUGUUGUGGGGGUGCUUUGCUGCAGGAGGGACUGGUGCACCUCACAAUAUAGAUGGCGUCAUGAGGCAGGAAAAUGAUGUGGAUAUAUUGAAGCAACAUCUCAAGACAUCAGUCAGGAAGUUAAAGCUUGGUCGCAAAUGGGUUUUCCAAAUGGACAAUGACCCCAAGCAUACUUCCAAAGUUGUGGCAAAAUGGCUUAAGUACAACAAAGUCAAGGCAUUGGAGUGGCCAUCACAAAGCCCUGACCUCAAUCCUAUAGAACAUUUGUGGGCAGAACUGAAAAAGCGUGUGCGAGCAAGGAGACCUACAAACCUGACUCAGUUACACCAGCUCUGUCAGGAGGAAUGGGCUAAAAUUCACCCAAACUUAUUGGGGAAGCUUGUGGAAGGCUCCCCGAAAUGUUUGACCCAAGUUAAACAAUUUAAAGGCAAUGCUACCAAAUACUAAUUGAGUGUAUGUAAACUUCUGACCCACUGAGAAUGUGAUGAAAGAAAUAAAAGCUGAAAUAAAUAAUUCUCUCUACUAUUAUUCUGACAUUUCACAUUCUUAAAAAUAAACUGGUGAUCCUAACUGACCUAAGACAGGGAAUUUUUACUCUGAUUAAAUGUAAGGAAUUGUGAAAAACUGAGUUUAAAUGUAUUUGGCUAAGGUGUAUGUAAACUUCUUACUUCAACUGUACUUAGUAAUAAUUAGUUGAAACAACUAGAUCUUUUUUUUACAGAGUAGGAUUCUCUAUGAAACAGCUAGUAAAAAAAUAUAUAUUUUAGAGUCAAAAGAAAAGGAAAGCCUGAGGUGUUUGAAGUAUUAUUACAGAAUGAUGUAAAGAGGAUAUGACAACCCGAAUUGUAGAAGUUUUGUUGUGUGUAUGUGUGUUUGUUUGAGUGUGUUGGGGGCCUGGGAGUGGGGCAUGCAUAUGAGUAGUCAUAUUAUUUCUUAAAAGGUGCUGUUCUUAUAUGUUUACAAUAAUUUUAAAAAUCUUGCCAUUACACAAAAUAUUACUUUGAGGACUAAGUGUAUCUUGAUGGACAUUGAAUCAUGGACGUUUCUGAUUGAAAGUUUGAAAUCCACAGAAAAUGCAUUUUAAUCAACCAUUUCUGUGGUGAGGGAAGCAUUGUGUUAAGGCGUCUGAGAGAAUUAUGGAAUGACAUACUGUACAUGUUGUCAGUAUAUGUAAUUGCAAUCCUAAAACAUUCUUUUUAUUUUAAAUGUAUUUUUAUGCUGUCUGUUUGUACUGACCUGUGUGUGUGUGUGUGUGCCGACACAUUAUGCACAUUGUCUUCAUCCUUUCCUGAUGUUGUGCUCCUUUAACUGAUGAUCUAUUUGAAAGCUUGUUGCCAUCUUGCCCAGUGUAUCAUGUACACUCUUAGAAAAAUAGGUGCUCUCUAGAACCUGAAAGGGUUCUUCAGCUGUCCCAUAGGAGAACCCUUUGAAUAACCAUUUUUGGUUCCAUGUAGGGUCCUUUCCACAGAGGGUUCUACAUGGAACCAAAAAGUGUUCUCCUAUGGGGACAGCUGAAGAUCCCUUUGGAACCCUUUUUUUCUGUACAGUAUAUGGGCCUAACUAACACAGGAUGAGAUGCUGUGCAUAAGGGGUGUGAUAUUGUCUUAAUAAUAGAAUCAUACUUAAGAGUUGCACCAAAACAGUGGUUUCAAACCGGAUUCGUUGCUCUCAUCAUCCACCAAUUUCUAGAAAAUGUAAUUGGAGACUUCAGCUCUGAUUCAUUCUGAUGAGACUUGUAGUGAUCUUCUCAAUCAAAUAGAUGUAUUUUCCACCAUUGCUUACCUUAACACAGUUCUGGCCUUUAAGGAAUUGUUGAGUGAAACUGAAUAGUUGCCUAUUGUUGAGUCUUCAUCUUUGGCUUCCUAUGAAUGGAUUUAGGUAUGGGACCACUGCACUAAAUGAACUCCAACCCACUAUAAUGAUAUGAUUAUUAUGUUUGUAUGUGUCUGUGUGUGAGAGCAGAGGUACAGUAUGUAUGACUGAAAAGAUUGAUUGAGGUUUGGUUGGACUUCAUCUCAAAGCUGUGAUAAUUACUCUUAUGCUAACUGUUGCCUAAAGUGGACAAAACAUUUUAUACAAAAAAUGUAAAUUAAAAGACAUAAAAAAAAAAUAAUAAUAA